AUGGCAGAGAAUCCCGUCUUCAUCUCCUGGAAAACCACCUCGUUGACCAUCAACUUUACCAAGAACGAGUCUGGGGCCAUUUGCCUUUUUGAGAUUCUCCCCUUGAAUCAUUGCCACCAGAAGUCGGCUUCACACCUCUUUGCCUCGUCCGAGUUACCACUCGUCAGUGUCAGGCUCAGCGGCGAAGGCAAUACCAAUGAUAAGACGGCAAAAUCACUUGUUGGCGGAUAUCUGUCUUCCAGUGCGGAUGAAAGGGCGGGAAUCUCCGUGACUGCUCACUUGAGCAUAUACGGAGACGUGCCUGUUAUUCGCUCAGCCGUCACAAUCAGAAAUGAAUCCAAGUCAUCUGAUGUUAUUGUCACGCAGCUUUCAUCUUUGACCAUUGGAGGCCUGACAACAAGAUCAAAUGAAUGGAACAAAGACUAUGUCCUUAGGACGGCAACCAAUACAUGGUUCAGAGAGGCUCAAUGGCGCAAACACUCACUGCCCUACCUUGGCAUAGACAAAAACGGUAUCUGUGAGCUACACGAUGGUCACUCAGGGUCGCAGGCAACCUUUGGUCUCCAGAACAGGGGAUCCUUCUCAACUGGCUCGUACCUACCGAUGGGUAUAUUAGAGUCUGAGUCAAACUCGGAUACCUGGGCUUGGCAGGUCGAGCACAAUGGAUCCUGGAGAUGGGAAAUCGGCGACUACAAAGACAGCAUCUACAUCGCGGCUGGAGGCCCAACCAAGGCAGACCACGAUUGGAGGCAUACUCUACGUCCCGGUGACAGCUUCACUUCGCCCCCGAUCGCGCUGACUCGCGUUUCGGGAUGUUUCCAAGACGCAGUUCGUGCACUGAACGACUAUAGACGACGAAUCAUUCGCCCGCAUGAUGAUAACAAGAGGCUUCCGAUAAUUUUCAACGACUACAUGAACUGUCUCAUGGGCGACCCAGACGAAGACAAGAUCGAAGCUUUACUUGACCCAGUGGCCCAGUCAGGGGCCGAAUACUUUGUCAUUGAUGCCGGUUGGUACGCUGAUGAUAGUAACUGGUGGGAUGACGUUGGUCUGUGGGAACCUUCCAAGAAACGUUUUCCCUCUGGCUUCAAGACACUUAUGGUCAAGAUUAAGAGCAAAGGGCUCAUUCCAGGGCUGUGGUUGGAGCCUGAAGUCGUGGGUGUCCGAAGUGUUGUUGGUGAAAGACUGCCAGAGGAUGCAUUCUUUCACGAGAAUGGGCAACGAGUUAUCGAGAGGGGAAGAUUCCAACUCGACUUUCGCCAUCCAGAGGUGCAAGCCUGGAUGACCAAGGUCGUUGAUAGACUUGUGGUCCAUUACGGCGUUGGGUAUUUCAAGUUCGACUACAACAUCGAAGUCGUCCAAGGAACAGAUGCUCCAGGGUCGUCAUCCGCUGGUGCCAACCAACUCCUCCACCAGAGAUGUUAUCUCGACUGGGUGCGGUCACUACUCGAUAAGCAUCAAAAUCUUGUGAUCGAGAAUUGCUCCAGCGGCGCGCAAAGGAUGGAUUACGCCAUGCUGUCAGUCCACUCUCUCCAGUCAACCAGCGACCAGCAAGACCCUAUCCUGUACGCAGCCAUCGCUGCAGCGCUGCCAACAUGUGUCCUGCCUGAGCAAAGUGCGAGCUGGGCAUAUCCUCAACCGGAAUGGAGUGACGAGCUCAAUGCCUUUACUGUCGUGAACAGUCUGUUCGGGAGAGUGUAUCUCAGCGGUAGACUGGAUCGCUUGAGCCCUUCGCAGAUGGAGCUCAUCGUCGAGGGGAUGCAAGCCUACAAGACGAUUCGUCCGCAUCUUGUGACUGCACAUGCUAUUUGGCCGUUGGGACCACCUCGAUGGCAUGACGACUGGAUCUCGCUGGGCUUGGAGACUAGCAAUGGUCUAUACCUUGCAGUGUGGCGUCGAGGCGGGAGCACCUUGAAGGAGAUAUCGCUACCAAGACUGGCUGGAUGCGGCAAGGUUCAAGUAAACGUCAUGUAUCCCAAGCGACUGCCUACUCAAGCCAUCUGGAAGGAAGGAGAUAAUAUUCUAGAGCUCAAAUUUCCCGUGACGAGGUGUGCUCGGGUUCUUCAUAUUACUAGCUAG